UGUCCGAAAUCACUCCCUAUCCCCCAUAUAGUGCACUAUAUAGUGGAUACGCCAUUUUGUAGUGCUGUCCGAAUACUGAGUGAGCAUGGUUAUACACUAUAUAGUCCACUCAAUGUAUCCCACAAUGCAUUUUGAAAAGUAGUGUAUGAGCGAUGUUCACUAUACGAGCAAUAUAUCCCAUCAUGCAUUGCGGUUCAAACAGAAGAAAUGGCUGACAGACAGGAACGCGAAGGCGGACGGCGGGAGCUGACUUACAAAUGGACUGACGAUGAUGUGGCCCAGCUGAUCAGGCUGAGGGGGGAGAAGGACCACCUCUUCAGCGGGAGGCGGUUUGCUGCUGCUGCAGGAUGGGAAAAUGUGCUGAAAGAAAUGAGGCUGGCGGACCGAGUCGGUCCUGCAAGAGCGGCAAAGAAGUGGGAGAAUUUGAAGAAAACGUACAAGGAGCUCAAACAACCACCCACAGGGAGUGGCACUGAAUCAGGGGAGGCAACUGCUGGGACAUGGAAGUGGUUCUCCCUCAUGGAUGCGGCAAUAGGUGGGAGGCCAUCCAUAAGGCCUCCAUGCCUCAUUGCCUCAGCCUGGGGAGACAACUCUCUCGUGUCCCAGCCAGAAUCCCCUGAUUCAGUGCCGUCUGACUCUGAGAGAGAGCCAGAGAGAGGGACAGAGGAGGCAGGGCCAGCACCAAAGAGGCAGAGGAGUGCUGGGGACAAAGUGCUGUCAUUUUUGGAGAGGGCUGAAGAAAGGGCAGAGGAGAGAGCAAGCAGAGAUGAGGCCAGGGAGGAGAGAUUAUUGAGUGUGUUAGAAAAGAUUGUUGAAAAAAUGUAA